CGAGGACCCCGGCAGGUGACAAGCAUGAAAUUCAGCCCAGCUCACUACUUGCUGCCUCUCCUGCCGGCGCUGGUCCUCGGCACCAGACAGGACUAUGAAGAGCUAGAAAAGCAGCUGAAACAAGUCUUUAAGGAGCGAAGCACCAUCCUCCGUCAGCUGACAAAGACAUCAAGAGAACUUGAUGGAAUUAAAACCAACCUUCAGAAUUUGAAAAACGAUGAGAUAUCUGCUAAAACUGAUGUUCAGAAGCUUCUGGAAAUAGGUCAGAAACAAAGAGAACAAAUGAAGGCUCUCCAGGAGGCCCUGGAAAAUCAGCUUAAGGAGACAGCUGACAAAGCAGAAAAACAAGAGGCUACUAUUCAUUUUCUAAAGACUGAAAUGGAAAGAAAGAGCAAAAUGAUUCGAGAUCUCCAGAAUGAGGCCCAACAGCUUACUGAUCUGGAACAAAAAUUAGCUGUAGCAAAAAAUGAACUGGAGAAAGCAGCUCUUGACCGGGAAUCACAGCUGAAAGCAAUGAAAGAGACUGUACAACUCUGCCUCUCAACUGUUUUCCGUGAUCAGCAGCUUCCCCAUUUGAAUCCCUUCAGGCCGUAUGGAACUCAGAUAUCAGUCCCAACCAUGAUAACUGACUCUAGGACUGCAUAUAUAAGCACAACAGCCAAGCCUCAAGACAUCACUACUGAAGUCAGUGAAACCCAGCAAAUUGAGACUACAAAGGAAGAGGUUCUACUCAGGACCCCUGAGUGCGACACUCAAAUUCUUUUACAGGAGAGCACGGCCUGUUCUACGAAGCAGGAUGAAAAUCUUCCAAACAAUGACACUGCAGAAUCAUCACCUGUCCCACAGGAUGAAUCAGUGCCUUCUUGUACUGAAUGUGAUGAGGAAAAAAAAACAGAAAACCAAAUGAAUGACUCCGAAGGGACAGCAAAUAGAGAAAAAAAAUUACUGUAAAUACCAAGAAACUGUGUUAAAAAACAUCCAUUUGCUAUUGUAUUCAUACUCUUUUUAGACCACAAGCUUGAUGGAAAUACUAAAUUUUUAAAGCAUGCAACUUUUUCACAAUUUUAUGUAACUUUAUAAAGUAGUCUACAAAUUUUCCAAAA